UGCGUCUGAGCUGCUACCUCUGCGCUCACAGGGGGAAAACUCAACGUAAAUAGACAAGGAAAACGUGAGGAGACGAGAGGAGGAGAGGAGGGAAAGGAGAACUUUUCCGAGAGGUGGAAAUAGUUGUCACACGCUUCCCUGGGAGGUUUUUAUUUUUUUUCGGGAACGAAGGGGGAAUUUUGGACCAUGCCUGCUGAAGUGAAACAGGAGCAGAGCCCCAGUAACGCCACAUCCCUGGCCAUGAUGCAGGAGCCUCAGGAGGUGGUGGAGGAGACGGUCACCAUAGAGGAGGACCCUGGCACCCCCACCUCCCACGUCUCAGUGGUCACCUCUGAUGACGGAACCACACGGCGCACAGAAACCAAGGUGACUAAGAUGGUGAAGACGGUGACCACAAGGACAGUGCGUCAGGUGCCCCUUGGCCCCGAUGGCUUGCCCCUGCCUGAGGGCUCAUCCCCACUGGGGAGCUACACUGACUCCAUCGACAGGCGCUACAUGAAGAAUGGAGGUGACCGCUUCAUCACACCUCAAGCAACCUCCACCCUGACGCGCUCCUACAACAACUCCUACAACGAUUCAUAUGGCGAGACGCCUGAGAGCCAGUACGUCCGCCACUAUGGCCUGCAUGAUGGCUACGCCGAUUUGACGGACAACUACGGCAGCCUGUCACGUGGCGUUAACUUCCGGCCGCCACGCUACCCCUACCUGCCCAACAGCUACCGGCCAGAGAACAGCUACACGCUUCCUAUUCGCAAGGAUGACUAUGGCCACAUUGCCCAACCCCAGGUUCCUAUGGGUAGCAGCACUGUGGAUCUGAACCGCUCACAGCCAGAGCGCUUCCAGCCUGAGCCAUAUGGUUUGGAGGAUGAUCGUCGCAGUUUGGGCCCUGAAGAGGAGGAGCCAUAUGAGCUGGAGCCCGACUACUCCACUGCCAACCGACGCACCCUGCAGGGGGCCAACCGGGGUCGUACCCAUCGGGAACCUCUCCGUGAUGGACCUCGAGUCAGAGGGUACCCAGACGACCCCAUUGAGGCAGAGCUGAUCGAUGAGCGCCACCCUUAUAUCCAUGGCAUGUACUCAGCACCACUGGCCCAGCCAGAGAGAGGGAGCAUGGCCAGUCUGGAUCGCAUGGGUGGCCGGCGCUCACCAUCUAUUGACAGCAUCCGCAAGGACCCGCGCUGGCGUGACCCAGACCUCCCCGAGGUCAUCGCCAUGCUGGGCCACCCCAUCGACCCGGUCAAGUCCAAUGCCGCUGCCUACCUGCAGCACCUGUGUUAUGAAAACGACAAGAUUAAGAAGGAUGUGCGUCAGCUGAAGGGAAUUCCUGUUCUGGUGGGGCUUCUGGACCACCCCAAAUCUGAAGUCCACCGCAAAGCUUGUGGUGCCCUGCGCAACAUCUCCUAUGGCAAGGACAAUGACAACAAGGUGGCCAUCAAGAACUGUGAUGGCAUCCCAGCCCUCAUCCGCCUGCUGAGGAAGACCAAUGACAUGGAGGUCCGAGAACUCAUCACCGGAACCCUGUGGAAUCUGUCGUCCUAUGAACCCCUGAAGAUGGUGAUCAUCAACCACGGCCUGCAGACUAUGACCAACGAGGUCAUUAUCCCCCAUUCAGGUUGGGAGCAUGAGCCCAACGAGGACUCAAAGCCCCGUGACGCCGAGUGGACCACCGUCUUCAAGAACACCUCCGGCUGCCUCAGAAAUGUGAGCUCAGACGGAGCAGAGGCUCGCCGCAGACUGAGGGAAUGUGAGGGGUUGGUGGACGCACUGCUGCACGCUCUCCAAUCAGCUGUAGGGAAGAAAGACAUGGACAAUAAGUCUGUGGAGAACUGUGUUUGUAUUAUGAGGAACUUGUCCUACCACGUCCACAAAGAGGUUCCAGGGGCAGAAAAGUUCCAGGACCCAUCAGGGCUACAGGCCCCCGGCUCAGCAGGACCACAGAGGAAGAAGAAGGAUGACGCUGGCUGCUUCGGUGGCAAGAAGGCCAAAGGCAGAAAAAAUGGUGAGAACGACAAAAACUACGACACAUUGGAUCUGCCCAAGCGCACAGAGCCGUCAAAAGGCUUUGAGCUGCUGUAUCAGCCGGAAGUGGUGAGACUCUACCUGUCUCUGCUGACGGAGAGCCAGAACUACAACACCUUGGAGGCUGCUGCCGGGGCUCUGCAAAACCUCAGUGCUGGACAGUGGACCUGGUCCAACUACAUCCGAGCCACAGUGCGUAAAGAGAAAGGUCUUCCCAUCCUGGUGGAGCUGCUGCGCUCUGACUCUGACAAGGUGGUUCGAGCUGUUGCCAUCGCCCUGCGCAACCUGUCCAUCGACCGCCGCAACAAGGACCUGAUCGGAAGUUACGCCAUGCGGGACUUGGUGAGCAACCUUCCCAGCGGUCAGCAGCGACCAGCUAAGAACCUGGAGGAGGACACUGUGGUCGCCAUCCUCAACACCAUCCACGAGAUCGUCACUGACAGCUCUGAAAACGCCCGCUCCCUCAUCCAGGCCCAGGCUAUCGAGAAGCUGGUCGCCAUCAACAGGACCAGCCAAUCAGCUCGCGAAACAAAGGCGGCGUCCCAUGUGCUGCAGACGGUGUGGAGUUAUAAGGAGCUAAGAAACGCUUUGACCAAGGACGGCUGGAACAAGAGCCACUUCCAGCCCACAGUGACAGCCACCCCUAAAGCAACCAAGAAUGGCAAGCCAGGCUAUGACGACACCACUCUACCCCUGAUGGAGAAGAACCAAGGCACCAGGAAAUGUGGCAGUGGUGAUAUGAUACCUAUGGAUGAGCUGGGUCCAGAUGGUUACUCCACCAUUGACCAGAGGGACAAGGACUGCAAAUACAAGACAGGCGACGGCUCAGUGGACCUAACAGAACGAGAGCCAUUAAAGAAUGACACAAAUAGGAAACACUAUAUCAGGAGUAACAGGCCUGCGGUCAGUCUGGUGGACGCUUGUGAUGUUAAGCCCCAGCCUGUUGACUCCUGGGUCUAGAUGCAUGCAUGGCUUAAAAUAACAACAGAUCGACACCCCAGCUAGAGGAGGAUCUCUCAUAUCACCACUGCCAUUUCACAUGGAGCUUAUCUUUGGAGUUGGACUUUGUACAGAAAAGAGGAUUUUAAAAAAUAAUGAUCACAACAGCAACUACCCAGCAGCAGCCAGCAUUCUCAUGCUUUUCAGAAAAAAAUGAAAAAGAAUAAAAAGUGACUACUCCUACUACUUUCUCAUAUCUACAUUCCCACUGGACAUCAUGUGAAUUUUACAGUGUUGACUCUUUGUUAAGCUCUACUGGUGACAAGAAACGGACAGAGGCCGGUGCUGUGGAAGGAAUGGACAUGUAGCGGGUCGACAGAGUGAAAUGAAGGAAGUGAAUGAAAAAAGAAGGAAAUGUGUGGGAGACAAAAUGGAAAAUGGAUAUUUUUAAUUUUGGUUUUCACAUUUGAAAGAAGAUUGUGCCUCAAAUUUUGUGGGUUUUGGAGAAUUUUUCUUUCAGGUUGUUGUCAGGUUUUUGGUAUUUUGAACAGGUUUGGACUGGUAUGUUUGAAGGUCACUGAAUGUUUGUUUUCAGAAUAGUGUGAUGGACACGAGAAAGGAAAGUUAAAAGGAGAGAAACCGAGCCUGAGAAGAGCUGUAGCAUUGUGGAUAAACAUGUACUCCCAGCAGCCUGCUCUCAUAGUUUUACAAUCCAUUUGGUUCACUGUGUUUUUUCAAAAAAAAAAAAGUGCACUGAGAUGCUUUGAAAUCAAAAGUGGUUAACAGGUGAUUGAUGUCCAUUUUAUAAAA